AUGGAGAACGCGCAUGGGUUACCUUCAGGAAAUCAACAUUGGCAUUUGAGUGGAGCAUCAGCUGAGGGUACCCGACAUUUACUGGUUUUUGGGCUGGCCGGCUGGGAGGGGUUUGGAGAAUACCGGAUUGCAGAAGCUUUGGAAAUGCAACCCAGGCCCAUCAUGAUGAGUUACCUGAUGGAUGGUCUUAACUUUUGGCGUAAUCAAUUGAGUCACCCACUGCUAACCGGAAGGAAGAAAAGGAGCACGUCACUUCUGAGCUCAACUGAACAGAUCAUGACGUGGUUUGUGCUAAAUUGUGCUUGCGUAAAAAAUUGUGAAGCUCUGGCAUUGCCGUCAGUGUUCAAUUCACUGUGUGUGAGCCUCAUGCUUGAUUUAUAACUCAAAAAAGAGGAAAAAUAUACAAACAAAUUUUCA